ACUCCAGAAUUACCCAGGUAACUCACCACCCAAGUCAUUCACUAGUGGCCUUUCGCAGCCGUCCCCCCAUGGCUAUCCGCCCUUUGCGUAGCUGUCUUUCUCAUUGUGUUUUAGCAUUGACAAUCCUGUACACCCUCCAUCAUCCCUCUCAAGCGGAGCUUCUGCAGACUGCCAGGAAUCACCUACACCCGUUGCUGGUUGUUAGCGACAAUAUUAACCCGUCUGAUGCCGUGCGUACUAGCGUUUCUAGACGCACUCUCGUCGCAAAAGAUGCUCGACGAAGGCACCUCGCGUCGUCGCCACCCGUUCCCGCGGGGCCUUCCCCCCCCAUCUCCGCGUGGGAGCGCGCGAUGGCGGCGCUGAAGCCCGCCAUGUUCGCUGCUGUGGCCGUCAUGUCCAUCGGCGCGGAGAGCGACGUGCCCACUGCUGCGCUCCGCCCGCUCCUGGCGCCAGGCGUGGUGGCCACGGCCAAGGUCCGACUGCGCGCUGCGGCGGAUCUGAAUGACGGGAUUGACUGGGAAGGAUUGCGGAUGAACGGAGAGGGCACGCUGACGCCUUACUCCCCUAAGGUUGCUCUGCUAUACCUGCGGCUCGAGCAGGGCGAUUUGUCCGCACCUCUGACGUCGCGCACGUGGCCGUUCGCGGACUCGGCGCAGGGCGCGCCGGUGUACGCCACGGCCCUCGCGUUCCUGUCGCCCAUCGUGUCCUUCCGCAUCUACCCCAGCGCCCCCGUGGGCCCAGCGGCGCAGCAGCAAGAGUUGAGCGUACUGGAUCUGGGAGGGACUGACUUUGGAGCGGGAUCCUUCCAGGUGGGUCUUAACGUUUCGCAACCUCUAUUGGCUUUUCCACGGAAGUGUACUCAGAUAAAUCUACAGGGGGGCAUAGACCAGCAGACGCUGCUUCUUCAAGGUGGCGCCGAUCAAGCACAGUGUUUCAAGUACCACAAUUUCAACAGCGCCUAUUUCUUCGCGCUCACAGAGCCCGUGGACAUCAAUUACCAAGUGAAGCUUCCGCCGCCCCCUCCGCCAUCCCCUCCGCCUCCUCCCAGCCCCCCGUCCCCACCCCCACCUCCCCUGGCUCCCCCUCCCCCCCCUCCUCCCGCCCCGACUUCUCCCCCGCCGGAUGGAGGCAGCAACACAGGCCUGUACAUGGGCAUAGGCAUUGGCGUGGGCCUGGCGGUGCUGCUGCUGGCAGGCGCCGUGGCAGCGCUCGUGUAUGUCUGGACGGUCAAGCGGAAAGAGCAGGCGCAGUCUCAUCCCGAGGGGAACUUGGGCCGCGCGCAGCUGAUCGCGGCAAUGGCGUCGUUCAAAGGGAGUAACCGGGCCACGGUUAGGUCGGACAGCCUCCAUGCAGCAGCCUCGAGCAGCGGGGAAGCAUCUUGAGGUUGUGGCCGCAGUUAGACGAUCUGGCCCGUGGAAGGCAAUGCGGCGUGCUUUCGAGUGGCGCGGGCCUGAGGCGGCUUCCGGUCUGCUUAUACAAUGUUGGGCCUGAUGGUAUUGGGGGACAAUGUGUCUCUCUCUUAACCCUGCUCGGGCACAUGUCUGUCCAGGGUGUUCUGCUUGCCCUGGUUCUUUGAACUUAAGGAUGCAAAGCAAGGGUGAGUGUCCGCAAGGCAAGGGUGUUAAAAUUAUAUAAGUUAUAAUUUAAUAUAGGCUUGGUAGGUUGUUACUGAACAUUUCUGUAGAGGGUACAAACUGUUAACCUAGAACACAGAAUGAUUACUAG